UUCACAAUCAUUUUCAUUUAACUCUUUGGUCCUUUUCACUGUUGCUCGAAAUUUCUCGAGUUACCUCAGAAACUUUAAAAAGAUGAAAGUAAUAAGUUCUUUAAUCUCUUCUGUUUUGUUUAAAUUCAUCCACAAAGACUUCCAUGACAUUUACUCAAGAAUGUCCGUCUUCGAUCGUAUCCUACUUCUUAUCGUGCAUGCAGUGGAUAAGAUGGUUCCGUGGCACAAGCUUCCGGUAUUCUUGGGUUUGGCCUACCUAGGGUUACGCAGACAUCUUCACCAAGAAUAUAAUCUCAUCAAUGUCGGUCAAACUCCGGUUGGGACCCGGUUUAAUCCUGCUGAUUAUCCGUACCGGACUUCUGACGGAAAAUUCAAUGAUCCGUUCAACGAAGGCGUCGGCAGCCAAAAUAGCUUCAUCGGAAGAAAUUGUCCUCCUGAAGACCAGAAGAUCAAGUUACUGAAGCCAGACCCCAUGGUAGUGGCGACGAAACUAUUAGCAAGAAGAAAUUUGAUAGAUACGGGAAAGCAAUUUAACAUGAUUGCAGCUUCUUGGAUACAAUUCAUGAUUCAUGAUUGGGUUGAUCAUCUUGAAGAAACUAAACAGAUCGAGCUCGUUGCUCCAAAAGAAGUAGCGAACAAGUGUCCCUUAAACUCCUUCAGAUUCUUCAAGACAAAGGAAGUUCCUACCGGUUUCUUUGAGAUCAAGACCGGUUCGCUAAACUCACGUACACCUUGGUGGGAUUCGAGUGCCAUCUACGGAAGCAACUCGAAAGCAAUGGACAGAGUGAGAACUAACAAAGACGGUAAACUAAAGAUAUCGGAGGAGACGGGUCUCUUACUCCAAGACCAAGACGGGUUAGCCAUUUCCGGCGACAUACGUAACAGUUGGGUCGGUGUCUCCGCCUUGCAAGCUCUUUUCAUCAAAGAGCACAACUCCGUAUGCGACGCCCUCAAGAAGGAGUACGAUGAUUUGGAAGACGAGGAUUUGUAUCGCCAUGCUAGGCUAGUAACGUCAGCAGUGAUUGCCAAGAUUCACACCAUAGAUUGGACCGUUGAGCUUCUCAAAACCGACACUUUACUUGCCGGGAUGCGAGCAAAUUGGUACGGAAUUUUAGGAAAGAAGUUUAAAGAUUCGUUCGGACAUGUAGGAAGUUCCAUCUUGGGAGGUGUCGUGGGUAUGAAGAAACCGCAAAAUCACGGAGUCCCAUAUUCUAUAACCGAAGAAUUCACCAGCGUCUAUCGAAUGCACUCGCUCUUACCUGAUCAGCUCGAACUACGUGACAUUGAUGUUGUACCGGGAACUAAUAAAUCAAUACCGUUGAUUAAAGAGGUUUCUUUCGGAAAAUUGAUUGGUCCUAAGGGAGAACAAACCAUGGCUCAUAUUGGAUUCACUAAGCUAAUGGUCUCGAUGGGUCAUCAAGCAAGUGGGGCUCUUGAACUGAUGAAUUAUCCAGCGUGGCUUAGGGAUCUUGUUCCCCACGACCCCAAUGGCUACGAUCGUCCGGACCACAUCGACUUAGCUGCUUUAGAGAUCUAUAGGGACAGGGAGAGGAAUGUUGCACGGUACAAUGAAUUUAGGAGAUCUAUGUUUAUGAUUCCGAUAAAGAAGUGGGAAGACCUAACAGACGAUAAAGAAGCAAUAAAAGCACUAGAUGACGUGUACGGUGGUAAUGUGGACGACCUCGAUCUUCUGGUGGGACUUAUGGCCGAGAAGAAAAUCAAAGGAUUCGCUAUUAGCGAGACUGCCUUUAACAUUUUUCUUCUCAUGGCCACAAGGAGACUGGAAGCAGAUAGAUUCUUCACGAGUGACUUCAAUGAAACUACAUAUACAAAGAAAGGACUUGAAUGGGUGAAUACUACAGAGAAUCUCAAAGAUGUUUUUGAUCGCCAUUAUCCUGAAAUGACCGAUAGAUGGAUGAACUCUGAAAGUGCAUUUUCAGUAUGGGAUUCACCACCAGUUGCCAAAAAUCCAAUCCCUCUCUAUCUCCGAGUUCCACCAUCUUAAUCAGAGAUCGAUUAUGUCUAUAUAUGAUGCACUUUAAAGGACUUCUAUUUUAUUUAAUUGGUAUUCUUUGUUAAUGUGAGCUGUGUGUGUGUUGCUGCGAGCUCUCAAUAUUAUUCAUCUACGACAAUUGUUUGUAAUAUUUAAAAAUGCAUGAUAUAUACAUGUAUCAUUUGUUUGUAAUUAUCUUUGUUUUGUCAUUAAAUAAAUGAUUAUUGAGGAGUUUUAUU